CACGCAUGUGCAGUGACGACGCCGGGAACCCUCCACCCCGCGACCGCUUCCUUCCUUCGGUGAGGCCAGAGUGGGCGUCGGCGAUCGCUUCCUUUUCUUUGACAGGCAGAGCGUCGGAGCUGAGCUGAGGCGAUGGCGAAGCACACGGUCUCCUCCGCGCGCUUCCGCCGGGUGGACGUGGACGAGUACGACGAGAACAAGUUCGUGGACGAAGAGGACGGCGGCGACGGGCAAGUGGGCCCCGAUGAGGGCGAGGUGGAUUCUUGUCUGAGGCAAGGGAACAUGACAGCUGCUUUACAGGCAGCUUUGAAGAAUCCUCCAAUCAACACAAAGAGUCAAGCGGUAAAGGAUCGUGCAGAAAGCAUUGUUCUCAAGGUUCUCAUCUCUUUCAAAGCUAAUGAUAUUGAAAAGGCUGUACAGUCCUUGGACAAGAAUGGGGUCGAUCUCUUAAUGAAAUACAUCUACAAGGGUUUUGAGAGCCCAUCUGAUAACAGUAGUGCUGUCCUGCUGCAGUGGCAUGAAAAGGCUCUUGCUGCUGGAGGUGUAGGCUCCAUUGUCCGUGUCUUAACUGCCAGGAAAACAGUUUAAGUCCAGCAGGAAGUGCCCUUCUGCCCUGGGUUUGGGAAAUGCUGGUAACAAAGACCAAAACAACCAAAUGCCAUCACUGCCCUGUGGGUAGCAUCUCUCUCUCUGUCUCAGCUUGCCUUCUUGCUUUUUCAUAUCUAUGGUAUAAUAUGCAUAUCAGGUUUUUUUGUUAUUAAAUAUCGGAUAAUUAUAGAGGAGCAAUUUCGUUUGUAAAAAGAUUUGGUACUCUCAAAGCAUUUCAGUUAUUCAUGUACAGUGUUUGCAUAGGAUGAUUUGCAUUUUCAGAGGUUCAUAACAGGAUACUUCCACUUUCCCCCUUUUUUGGCGAGACCUGAGAAGAUGGAGGGGAUUGCGGCCGAUGUCUAAAUUGUUUUGCUGAUCAGGCAGCAUUCCCUUACUAGUAAUGGAAACUGGACUUUGUGUUUCCUGAUCAGAUUCUAUCUGUACAACAUCAGGCAAGGUAUCCCUCAGUGGAUGAACGUUAUUCAUAAGUGUUUCUCACAGUGUUCCUUUGCAGUCCAUUAUAUGAUGAACCAAUAAGGUUCAUCAAUAAGGGGAGAAAUGUCCUUAUUUCUGUGAUGAGCCAUCAGAAGAGGGAAAUGGAACAAUUUUUCUGGAACUCCUUAUAGUGGUUGCCUCUUGAUGAUCUAAUGUGUGUGUUUAACAUUUUAACACAGAACUACCUGUUAUACUUGACUUGGGACCAUGUCAAAAAUAGCACCCUUGUGUCAGGUUCUCCUCUCUGUUAUAAAGCAUAGGAUCUCUUUCCCCAUAUAUGUUUCCCUGCCCACAUUCCUCAUUGGUUACAGGUAAUGUAGAAACAUGAUGUGAUGACAGCUAGAGAUAGCACAACUGGCCCUGGGGGAAGGGAAAUUUGAUAAGGGUGCUGGUUUUAGUAGAAGCUACGUGUGUAAUGUGUGGUUCUGCCUUAAGAUGCAGAAAUCAGUGUUGAGGUACCAGAGACCUAAAAAAGCUUGACCUCUGUUCCUAAUCGGGCCAGGUUCCUUGUUGUAUUAUAGGAGAAAGUAUUGACCAAGAAACAAAAAUUAAGUGCUUAUAAAUCAAAUGCAGGAGACCUAGUGCAUUCCAGACCUGGAAUCAGCAUGAAUAUUAAUUACUUGGGAGCAAAGCUGACCAGUAUGUUUCAUUUAUACUUAAUGCCAGUUCAUAUCCAAGAACUGGUAAGGAAUUCUGAAACCUUUGCUCGUUUUUUAUACCUGCUUUUUUUGUAAAAUGAGAAAAUCGAAAAAUAAAUGGUCACUGUUAAAUAUUUAA